AUGAAGUUCCUCACAUCCCUUCUCUUGCUGGCUACCUCCACCAUUGCAGUUCCUGUCGCUAGUACCGCCAAGCAUUUCCACCUGAAAUCCAGCGGCGCCACAAUUGCGGCUCACAACAACCUAUAUGUCUACGCCUACCACACGGGCGCAGGUCUCAACGACGCUGUGCUCACAAAGGAUGCUAGUAUCGCCAGCCCUAUCUAUCUGAAUGGAACGAAUGCACUCUUCGAUUUGCAGACCGACUUCCCUUGGGGAAUGAUCGCCACUGGCAACACCAACUAUGCAUCUUGGUCACCUAUCGUUAUCAAUGCCGGCGAUGGCGGCACCGACGGUUUCUCCGUCAAAGGAAACAACUUUCAAUGGUCGGAAGCGAACGGGUUCGGUGGCUGGCUCGUUUGUGACUGGAUCCACAAUGCACCCCAGCUAUUCUACUUGAACCGAUACUACGAUGCCAUCAUCCCCUCCAGCUGCUCCAAGGUCCAGUUGAAGACCGAAUAUAUCAAGUAG